CCUCACUUUUUCAGCGCUUGCCUCGAAGAUCUGGUGUUUGCAGUCGGAUCGGUUUGUUGCUUGCAUCUCUUCAGCUGCAUCGACAUCCAAGUGAAAUUCUUGGCUGAACCUGGCGAACUGAUCUUCCAGAGUCGCUCUGUUUGGUUAUUGAGUCAAACAGAAAUCAAGGUUACUGGUUUGCCCAUGGUUCGCUGUUAGUUAGAGGAGUCAUUGAUUAGGUAGGUCAGAGUGGGGAGGAAAGAAGCUCAAUCGCCGUUAGCCCGACGAGACAUUCAGCACCCUUCGGCAGCAACCACAUCCAACAACUCACUAUCUCGUAGUGAGACCAUAAUGAAACAACUACCCCUAGGGGUUCUGAGGAGACUCUUCUGGACACUAUUCCUCCUACUAGGAACGAUAGAAAUGACGGUAGAUGGCUUUCAAGAACCACCUCUGGAAAACGUUGAGCGAAAUGCCAAGUUCUAUGAAGAAUGCUCACUGAAGGACGUGGAAAACAUUUGUGCGCGCAACAUUACCAUGUCGAGUCCAGACGGAUCCAUUAUUCGAGCACCCGGCGUCACUGUUUGGAUUCAAGCGCACUGUGGGAGUGAACAAGAUGAGCAUAAACGAUCUGUAUGCGUCCUGAGCUACAUAGGCGACGACUUUGGGGAAGACCAAGCAGCAAUAUUCUUUUCCUGCGUCUGUGAUGAAUGUCCAAGAGCGUGCCAUCGACAGGGCAAUCUGCGGAAUCGACAAAACCAGAUUGCCAUGGAUAGUCACUCAUCCGUUUAGUCUUCACUCGACGCGGCCAAGACCAACCAACCAACCCACCACCCAACAAACUAUGCUUGCUCAGCUCUACUAGAGCUGAUGUCACGGGCAGGAUCCACCAAUGUAUAACGUAGACUUUUGCUAGAACCACCGCCGGAAGAAACGUCGGCGGGCAGAGUGCUGGAAGUCAAGAAAGAUGAAGGAGAAUUAAGCAGAGAGAGAAGUAGCAUUUCGGAUCAUAAACUAAUAGUAGUCCUAGCUCUCUCUUG